ACACACGCACACACACACAUACACAUACUGAAUUACAGAAAAUGUAGCAGACGUGUUUGCGGUUUUCAAGGGGAAACAUGGCAAUAUGCAAAGCAGACACAUUUGCAGGUAGAAAGGGAACUUGAUCCAAUUCUGAGACUCUGGAGGUGUAGAGAACACACUGUCAGUGUCUGCUGCUUGUCACCAGAUCUGCUCAUGUGAAACGACAUUCCGUAUAAGGACUAAAGAACUUUGAUACCAACAUGGGUAUUCGACAGGGUGUGUUUGUAAGGAAUGUGUCUGUGGAAUAUGUGUGUUGUGUGUGUGUCUGGAGAGGGUGUGUAGCAUGUGUGACUAAGGGGAUGUGUAUGGGAGUGUGUGAGUGCGUUGCAAGGAAUUUGUGUGGGGUUCCGAGGUGUGUGUGAUGGGUGGGGUGUAGACCCAAGGCUCUCGGGCCCUCAGUGUCUCUGAGUCCGGAGAGUAGGAGGAUGGGGGUGUACAAUGAGCAAGGAGCACUGGUCUAUUGUCUUCUCCAUUACAGCGAGGGUCUGGGAGAGUCAGAAGCGUUGGCCACGCCGCCGAAAAGCGAACAAUAUUCCGGAGGCGUUGCCACGACGCGCCAGGGUCGACCCAGCACCAACGGGCCUCUCGCCAACCGACAGAAACUCAGUAGACUCCCGUCCGUCCCCUCCGCCCAAGCCUCCGACACGGUUUACGUAGUGGGAGGCUGGAGCAGAGACGAUCCCUCCUGCCCAGUGGAGCAGUUCUGCACCCAGCACAACGAGUGGAAGAUGUCCGCCCCCAUGAUCCGUCACCGUGGCGACACUGGAGUGUGCUCACUGGAGGGGCUCAUCUACACCGUGGGGGGGUACGAUGACGUCACCUGCAUGAGCAGUGUGGAAAGGUACGACCCAGGGACCAACACCUGGAGCGGAGAUGUGGCCCCCCUCAGUGCCCCCCGCAGAAGAGUGUGUCUGCUUGAGAUGGACGGCUGUCUGAUCGCCCUGGGGGGCCACGACGGGGUCGCCUGCGUCAACAUAGUGGAGAGAUACGACCCGAAGAGGAACGCCUGGACCAAGCUUCCCCCCAUGUCCCGUCGCAGGGCCGGGGCAGCCGCCGCCGUGCUGGGGGGCUGCCUCUACGUGGUGGGGGGCACAGAUGGACAGAUGCCCUUGGACUCAGUGGAGCGCUACAGCCCAUUGGACGGCUGCUGGGCCAUGUGCCCGCCCAUGCUGACGGCCAGAGAGAACCCGGGCUGUGCCGUGUUCCUGGACCGCCUGUAUGUGGCCGGGGGGCGAGACGAGCUGCUGCUGGAGCUCAGCACUGUGGAGAAGUUUGACCCGGAAGCACACCGCUGGACCCCGGUCCGACCAAUGAGGAGCAAGAGGCACCAGGUCUCCUUGAUGGUGUUUAAUGGGAUGCUGUUGGCUGUAGGUGGAACUGACGGUGUUACAGACCUCAAAACCAUGGAGGCUUACGAGCAUGAGACCAAUUCAUGGAGACACUUUGGCAGCAUGAAGUCCAAGCACCCUGGCGGUCAUAUUGCUCUGGUCAAACCCUUCUAGAAUGUUCUACUUCCUGAUUGCUGUUACCUGCAUGUUAAUGCCAGAAUAUUAAUAUCAAUUUUAUAUACUGUAAACAAAUAAACAAGGACAAACUGUUGAUGUGAACCUGAAUAAACAUGUGCUAUUGUUAUGCUGUCACAUGUAGAGAAUGAGA